CCCUCUUCUUCACCUCCUCUCCCUAUUCCUUUCUUGCAUCCCAUGACUCCCCAACGACCCAUUCAAUGCCCAUUCCACAAUGACCUCCACCACUACCAUAUCCAACAAACCAAACCAAACCCAUUCAAACAAAAACGGAACAAGCUUCUCUCUCUCUCUCUGAAUUUCCAAUCUCGUUACAAUUAAAACUUGGAUUUCUCCGUCAUGCCCCCUCCGUCUCUCAUCAUCUUGAUUUCUCUUUUUUCUCUCCUCUCCCUCUCUUCCUCCCAACCUCCGCCUCUUCUCCGUACUUUAAUUGAUUGCGGUGCUACUGUGCCGUCAACUAUCAACGGUCUUCAAUGGAUCCCAGACACCGGCUACAUCACCAGUGGGACCUCAAAGAACCUAACAAUCCCAGUCCUCCAUCAAACUCUCUCCACGGUCCGAUCAUUUCCUCUACAAAACAAUCUCCACCGCAAAUUCUGCUACGUGGUCAGUGUUUUCCGCGGAGCAAAAUACAUGAUCAGGUCAACUUACUUCUACGGAGGAAUCAACGGCAAUGAUCCGCUUCCUGUUUUCGAUCAGAUUGUUGAUGGAACUCUCUGGAGCGUGGUGAAUACCACAGGGGAUUACAGUGACGGCAUGGCGUCUUACUACGAAGGUGUUUUCUUGGCUCGAGGGAAGACUAUGAGUUUCUGUAUUGCUGCUAAUUCGUACACGGAAUCUGACCCGUUCAUUUCGGCUUUGGAGUUCGUGAUUUUGGGAAAUUCCUUGUAUAAUUCGACUGAUUUUAAACAGGUUGGACUCAGCUUGGUUGCCAGGCACAGUUUCGGUCACAAGGAGGUUAUCCGAUAUCCUGAUGAUCAAUUCGACCGGGUUUGGGAGCCAUUUGGAGAACCAGUAAUUCCACCUAGCAAAAACGUGUCUGUUUCUGGUAUCUGGAAUCUUCCUCCUUCGAAGAUAUUCGAAACGGAAUUUGCAAUGGGCCGGUCAAGUCUUCAGGAACUGAGGUGGCCUCCUGUGCCACUUCCUAGUUCAAUGUACUAUAUUGCUUUAUACUUUGCAGACGAUCAUAAUUCCUCUACAGGGGGAUCGAGGAUGAUUGAUGUAGGUAUCAAUGGUGUGCCGUAUUAUAAGAAUUUGAGUGUGACGCCAGCUGGUGCUGUUGUCUUUGCUACCAAGUGGCCUCUUAGUGGUCCUACCACGGUUGCUUUGAGUCCAGCUACUGGUUCGAGCGUUGAUCCAUUGAUUAAUGGUGGAGAGGUGUUUGAAGUGAUUGCACUCGGAGAAAGAACACUCACAAGAGAUGUAAUAGCUCUGGAAGCACUGAAAAGCAGUCUCCAGAAUGCUCCUCUUGAUUGGAACGGUGAUCCCUGUAUGCCGCUUCAGUAUUCAUGGACUGGAAUUACAUGCUCUGAAGGCCCCCGGAUUCGCGUGGUUACUUUGAAUCUGACAGGCAUGGGUCUUUCAGGAUCACUCCCGCCAAGUAUUGCCAGAUUGACUGCAUUGGCUGACAUCUGGCUUGGGAACAACACUUUAUCAGGAUCAAUACCUGAUUUGAGUUCACUAAAGAUGCUGGAGACAUUGCAUUUGGAAGACAAUCGAUUCACUGGUGAGAUCCCCUUGUCACUUGGAAACAUCAAGGGUCUGCGAGAACUAUUCCUGCAGAACAAUAAUCUGACUGGUCAAAUUCCAAAUAAUCUUCUGAAACCUGGGCUGAACCUUAGGACGUCUGGAAACCAGUUCUUGGCCCCACCACCCUCUUGAGCAAAACACGGUAUGGAUACCCAGUGCAAAAGCGGAAGACUGCAUUUACUGAGAAGCCGAUUUUAACCAUUUGUUUAAAUCUUGAUUUAUUCUAUUUAGAGAUUUACAGCGUCUAGCUAGGCUUGGAAAUUUUUCUAGAAGCUUUGUCAUUGUCAGGUCCAGUUUCAGUCUUAUCUGUUUUUACUUAAGUCGGUUGUCCAUACCAAGUCAAUCUGAUUGUGCUUUAACUCGGCACAGUUGGAUUAUGCUGUCAACCUGUACACGUAAACAACUGAUCCUAUAAAAUUCAUUCUUUGUUGUAUACUUGUUAUCUUUUUUCUCUUCUUACCUUCCAGUUUGUGUAAUUUGAAACACCUGGCCCCCAUGUUCUUAUAAAAUGACGAGGUUUGAUGGUUUGCUGUUAA